AAGCAUCAUCAUUCAACAAUGCCUUUAAAUCUAUUUUCUUUAAUAGUAAUAGCAUAAAUCCUUCCUCAUAAUCCUUCCUGCAUUUCUCUUAUAUUCCACUUGCUAUCUGUUCAUGUUGAAAAGAUGAGAGAAGGCCUUUAGACACUGUGCAUCAUUACCAGGAAUCCAGCAUGAGUUUGACAGUCCUCUGGAUUUUGCUUUCAGAGCACUGGUUCGACACAGGCCUCACACUGGGGCUCUAUACAAAGCUAGUCUUCCUGCUAAUCUCUCAGGUAUGGAAGUUUCUAUUGCUCGCAUCAGAAGCCGGACAUUGUGGAAAAAAGGAGCUACUCUAAGCAGCUUUCACAUCCCAUCCAGGACCGUCCCAGUUCCUCAUGUGAGAAGACUGGCAAUAGUUUAUCAGAACCUCGGCAACUGGUCUUCUCACUACUACAAGGUUUCAGGUUACUCAUUGAUCACUUCUGUUGUUGGUUUCAUGGUUUUUGAUGCAUCAAAUACUAGAGCAAAAAGCCUAAGAAAUAUCAGCCUUGAUACAAUGGGGAAGCCUAUAUCAAUUCAUUUCUCCAACCCGAAAUUCCCUGAUGGGAUGGAAUCAACUGCAGCAAGAUGUGUAGCUUUCAGCACUAAAGGGACAGUUCACUUCAGUGACAUGAUCUUGCCCAAUGUAUGUUAUACCUCAGAUGAGGGCCAUUUCUCUGUUGUUGUUCGACUGAAAAGGAAGCACAGGCCAUGGUAUCCAUGGGUGAUAGGGGUUGUGCUUGGGUCUUCUGGUCUGAUUUUCACUGCUUACUUCGGGUUGGUAUUUAUCAGACUUUUGAAGACAAAAAGGAUUCAAGCAAUGGAAAGACAAGCUGAUGAAGGUGUAAUUUUUGAUAGCAGAUGGGUCGGUAGCAGUAAAAUGCCUUCUGCAACAGUAACUAGAACUCAGCCAGUCCUCGAGAAUGGAGGUUUUCAAUAGAACUCUUAUAUUUUACUUCAUUUUGUGUAUAUCUUCUUUGUAUUUUGGCCUCUGGGGAGUAUGUGGUGCAGCAUAACUAAAUUGUUUUAUUACAUAAAAUUAAAUCAGAAUACACACUUGAUUU